ACUUUUACUUAUCUAUUAUAUAAUGCGUUGGAUGUACGCCUGCUUUGUUAUCGCGCUUUGCGCUCUCAUAUUUUGUGAGUACGUAGCGGAUUUUGUUGUUUUGCAAAACUGCAAAUGGCCUGAAAUACGAAGGAAAAAAAAGUACGUGGACGAUCCUUUGCGUGCAAUGAUUUUAGCGGACACACAUUUGCUUGGACCACAUCGUGGUCACUGGCUUGAUAAGCUAUAUCGUGAGUGGCACAUGAAGGGUGCAUUUCAAGCAGCCUCUGCACUACUAAAGCCAGAUGUCGUGUUUGUUUUGGGUGACUUGUUUGAUGAAGGGGAUAUGGUUAGCGAAAAAAGGUUUGAAGAAUAUGUGUGGCAUUACUUGCAAAUGUUUAGACUGCCCCCUGGAGUGCCGCUCAUUAGUAUUGCGGGCAAUCACGACGUUGGGUUUCACUACAAAAUGCAUCCCUUCUUUAUGGGUCGUUUCGAGAACUAUCUGAACUUUUCAAAAGUGCACUUGUACACAAUAAAGCAAAUACACUUUGUGAUCAUCAACUCAAUGUCAAUGGAAGGAGACGGUUGCCAAUUUUGUGCGGAAGCGGAGGAAAAACUACGAAAUAUUUCCAGUACUUUGCACUGCAUGCAGCAUCCACAGAAAGCCGAGUGUGUACGCACUCGUCGUCAUCCAUACAGCCAACCCAUAUUGAUGCAACAUUUUCCCACUUAUCGCGAUUCUGACAAGGUGUGCAAGGAGCAUGAUGCACCAGUUAUUGAAGCUUUUCGUGAGCGUUUUCAUGUGCUUUCCAAGGAUGCCACUGAUUUGUUGGGCGAUCUCUUGAAACCUCGCCUGGCUUUUGCUGGCCACUCUCAUCAUUACUGCCAUAGUGUUAAUCGACUCGGCAUUGAUGAGUACACGGUGGCGUCGUUCAGCUGGCGAAACAAAGUGGAUCCUAGCUUCAUGCUGGCCACGCUUACUCCUGAUGACUACGAGGUAUACAAGUGCAAAAUGCUGCCACAACAAUUUGUUUACAACAGUUAUAUGAGUGCCGCAUUGGCAUGCCUAGUUUUAAUAUUCUUACAAUUAAAAAAGUAUAUAAAGAGGCAUUACGAGCUGUCACGUCUUAAGCGCGAGUAAAUGUAGAUUUUUCGUCUAGUCCAAUUAACCUCUUGUCGAUUUGCAUAAUGCCUUCAAACUGUAAACAAAAGUAUUUAUAACUGCUUUCCUUUUUACUAUUGUAAUAAUAAUAAGUAUGUACAUAAGUCGAUAGGUUUAUUGAAUUUAUCACAGACAUUGCCUUUCAAGUCACACUGAAUAUAUAGUAUUCCAUAUAAGACGUGCGUCUCAGUCUGCAGUCUAUAUUAAAUUAAACAGUUUAAAAUCGAUUGUCAAAUCGAAAUGUAGACGUAGUUUACUAUAUAUAAGAUUCAUAAAUUCCUGUAAACAUAA